AUGUUGCAAAAGAUUUGCUUAGUGGCAUUAGUCGCAUGUGCUACCGCACAGAUAUUCAAUCUGCAUGGGCAUCAUAAUCAUGAAGAGCAUGGUACCUUCACCUUCUUUUAUGACUCACAAUCGCACUAUUUGGUAGGACGAACUACACACACCUGCUACUUCAUGAGUCUAAGCCCUACUGAACAACAUGAUGUCCAUACCAACUCAGGAUUGGAACAAUCAGAACUGAAGAUGAUACAAAUGAUCGGAGGCGGAGAGGAUGAGCUGACCUCAGACCAGAUGUUACGGCAUAAUCAUAUUAUAGAUCGUAUGUGCAAUCACCAUACAUUAUACAUGGUUGGUCCGGUAUCUACUGUUGGCCCAACACCUGUUGGCUAA